AAAGAUUGUAUUCCAGAACAAUUUAAAAAGCGACAAAUCUCGUUGGCGAUUUUAGGGAUUCCAAAACAGCGUCAGUUGUUAGCAGUUGGCACUACGGGGGUGAAAAGAAUCAGGACAGAAUGGCCCUGCAGAUUCCGAGGCUUCCGAUGUUGCUCUCAUGUCGUUCAACAUUCCUUCUGUUAACCAACGCUAAUUGUUCUACCCGCUCGGUGAAAUGGGACGAACUCCAUAUGCAUAUUUCUUUCAGAACCUUCUCUGUUUCCAAGUCUGGGAAAAUUCAACCAUACAAGAAGAAAAGGAGAUUGGAUGAGAUAUGUCUUGAAAGGUUUCAGCAAUACAGCCGAACCUUUAUACAAUCAUGGAUCCUACAAGGCAAAGUGUUUGUGGAUGGAAAGGUGGUGAACAAGGCUGGAACACCUGUGUCUGAUAAAGCUAUUGUACAGAUAAUGGCUGAAAUUCCGAAAUAUGUAUGUAGGGCAGGAUAUAAGUUGGAGGCUGCCAUUGAACAACUUGGCAUUGAGAUCGCUGGAAAAGUUGUUCUUGAUGCAGGGCUGUCCACAGGAGGAUUUACAGACUGCCUGCUUCAAUAUGGGGCUUCUUUUGUAUAUGGGGUGGACGUAGGUUAUGGGCAGGUGGCAGACAAAAUUCGUCAUGAUGAAAGAGUAUGUGUUACAGAGCGGACAAAUUUAAGAUAUCUUUCUGAACUUCCACAAAAAGUUGAUUUGGUGACUCUUGACCUUUCAUUCAUUUCUAUACUUUUGGUCAUGCCUGCUGUAGUCAAUGUGAUGAAGGAAGAAGCAAUGUUAGUUACCCUGGUUAAACCUCAAUUUGAGGCUCACAGAUCCCAAGUUGGAAGUGGUGGGAUUGUGAGGGAUCCUAUGGUCCAUCGUGAGGUCCUUGAGAGGAUCAUAAAGGGUGUAGAAGAUUUUGGUUUCCACACCAAAGGAUGGAUUGAGUCUCCCUUAAAGGGUGCUGAGGGUAAUGUGGAGUUCUUGGUUUGCUUUACCCGAACAGCUGAGAAGGACAUAGAUCAGUUCAUUGCUUCUGAAUUUUGACCCCAAUAUCAGCGAGUAUCGAUGCAUGGGCUGUCUUGCGUGAAGGCACUGCAGCUCAAUAUGCGUGCACACGUGUGUUUCAAUACAGUAAAAUUGUGAAUUUAGUCCAUUUGUAAUUGAUCAAGUGGUUACUGGAAUGCCCACUUAAGUGAGAGUGGGGAAGGGAAAUGGGAACAUGAAAAUGGAAAGGUGAGAGAUCCAGUUCUCCAAGGUUUUGAAUGUACUUACAUGUACGUCCUUGGGAGCCAAUUUAUGUUAAGUAAUUAUUUUAUUAUAAUUUGGAAUUCAAUUAGUUAAA